CGGCCCCGCUCUCCGGCUCCGGCCCGGCCCCGCGCCGACCCCGGCCAUGACCCCGUCCAGCCGCCAGCAGGGCUCCUGGCUCCGUGCCGUGCCCGCCUGGCCCCGCUGGUUCCCGGCACGGCGGCCUGGCACAGCGGCACAUGGCGGCCCUGCGCGCGCUGCUGCUCCUCGGGCUGCUCCUGGCGGCGCGGGGGCACGGGGCGCACAGACGGCGGCCGCCCCCUCCCCAGAGUGCGCUGGAAAGAGUGAAGGCUCAAGAGGGGCUCAGCCUUCACCAGCUCUCAGGGAAGUGGUUCCUGGUCGGCAUGGCCUCCCGCUGCAGCUACCUGGCAGAGCACAGCCACCAGCUGGAGGCCACGACAGUGACAAUGACCGUCCUGGAUGGGCAGAGCCUGGCCAUCAGCACCUUCAGGAAGCUGGACAGGAUGUGCUGGGAAAUCAGGCAGCACUACCUUCCCGCCCAGGCCCCUGGACACUUCCUGCUGAAGGGCCACAGGAAAAGCAGCAAAGUGGAUGUGGUGGUGGGUGAGGCUGACCCCAGCAGCUUCGCCAUCCUCUAUUACCAGAAGGGCCGCAGCAUCUCUGUUAAGCUCUAUGGACGGAGCAGCCUGGUCAGCGACGCCAUCGUGGACAAGUUCGAGCAGCGCGUCAGGGCUGUGGGUCUGAGUGAGGAUGUCACCUACUACUUCCCCACCUAUGGGUUUUGUGACUCUGCAGAUGAGUUUCACGUCCUCGAUGGUGAGUUGGGGAUGCUGGGUGAUGUGCUGGGUGCCCCUGUGUGCCAGGCUUGGCCCCACGCUGGGCAUCAGCUGUGUGUCCCUGUCCUGGCACUGGGCUGGGCACACUGGGCCAGAUCCACGCUGCACUGGGGCUGUGGUCCUGCCCCAGGAAUGUGGGAGGGCUGGGCUGGCAUGGGAAAGGCCAUGCCAGACCAUUCCUCAGAACAGAGCCUGUGCCCUUGUGUGGCAAACCAUCACUCAGGAUGGGCAUUAGGUACACUGUGCAAAGCAAACCCCACUCACCCCUCACAUGGGUCAGACUGGGCUUGAUGGAUCUAUGUUGGUGUUUCCUGGGGUGAGGGCUGAUCUAGGAUGAGAUGUCCUGGCACAGGGACACCUUGGGGUGAAGGCUGAGGUCCCUGGGGACAGCUCCAUCACUUGUUAUUGGUGCUUGUGAAGGCAGAGGUAGGUCUGCAGCCCUGGUGCUGGGCUGGGACACCUCCCCACCCCCAGCCCCUCAGCACUUCUCUUCCUUCCAGAAACGAAGCUGUAGGUGCAGAUGGAGUUGCCAGGGGGUCCCAGAGCUCAGCCCUCACCUCAGCCAGCUGCCCAUGGCCACACGACCUGAGCACCUCCGCCCCUCCAGCUGUGCUGGCAGCUGUGUCUGUCCUUGUCCUGUGCCCCCCAGCUUGUGUCCCGCCUCUGCUCUGUGCCCCACUCUCCUGCAGGAGCCAGCAACACCCCAAUAAACACCUCAGAGAAGA